GGGCGGGAGGAGGCCCGGCGGCGGCUGCAGCUGCUGCCCGCGUCUCAGGCCGAGGACCUGGGAGAGGGGGCCGCGGAGGAGGAGGAAGAGCCCCUUCCGUCGGUGCCCGAGGAAGAGGAGGAGGAGGAGGAGGAGGAGGAGGCGGCGGCGGAGGAGAGGGCGGAGGCGCAGCCAUUGCCGCCAGUCUGCGUGUCCCCCAUGCGGGGCAUGUGGCGGGAGGAGAAGGUGGCGCUCUUCUGCGACGAGGUGCUGCGGGGUUGUAAGGCAGAAGAUGCUGAUGAGACUAUGAGUAACUACCUAUCAGAAAAAUUAAAGUUGAAAGACAAAUGGCUUGGAGUCUGGAAGACUAACCCUGAGUUAUUCUUUCUGAAAUAUGAAGAAGCUUCUAUCCCUUUUGUUGGUAUACUAGUUGAGGCAACUUGUACACCACGCCAGAGCUCAUCAUCUUGUUUCAGAGUGACUGUUUCUGUUGCUGAGCCUUUUUCUUCUAAUAUUGCAAAUAUUCCAAGGAAUUUGGUUAAUGAGGUUUUAGAAGAACUAGAGCAUAGUGUGCCUCUCUUGGAAGUGUACCCCGUUGAAGGACAAGAUUCUGAUAUACAUGAUAUUGCUUUGGCCUUGGAAGUUGUAAGGUUUUUUUAUGACUUUCUCUGGAGAGACUGGGAUGAUGAAGAACGUUGUGACAAUUAUACUGCUUUGAUUGAAGAAAGAAUUAAUUUGUGGUGUGAUAUACAAGAUGGAACAAUACCUGGUCCUAUCGCACAACGUUUCAAAAAAACUUUGGAGAAAUAUAAAAACAAGCGUGUCGAGCUCAUUGAGUAUCAGAACAAUAUUAAAGAGGAUCCCUCUGCAGCAGAGGCUGUUGAAUGCUGGAAAAAAUACUACGAGAUAGUAAUGCUCUGUGAAUUAUUGAAAAUGUGGGAAGAUUUACGCCUCCGAGUCCAUGGACCUUUUUUUCCAAGAAUUCUGAGGCGUAGGAAAGGAAAAAGAGAUUUUGGAAAGACUAUAACACAUAUUGUAGCAAAAGUGAUGACUACUGACAUGGUAAAGGACUUAUCUUCAGACACAUUUCUCCAACAGCAUGAUGAUUUGGAUUUGGCUUUGGAUAGUUGUUAUAGUGGAGAUACAGUAGUUAUUUUCCCAGGAGAAUAUCAAGCUGUCAAUCUUGCUUUAUUGACUGAUGACAUCAUUAUAAAGGGAGUUGGAAAGAGAGAGGAAAUUAUGAUUACUUCUGAACCUUCCCAUGACAGUUUUGUGGUGUCCAAAGCUGCUAAUGUGAAACUAAUGCACCUGUCCUUGAUACAACAAGGGACAGUGGAUGGCAUUGUGGUGGUGGAGGCUGGUCACAUGACUCUGGAGAACUGUGUAUUAAAAUGUGAAGGAACAGGAGUGUGUGUUCUUACAGGGGCUUCUUUGACAAUUAAGGACAGUGAAAUAAUCGGUGCCCAGGGUGCUGGUGUUGAACUGUAUCCUGGCAGCACAGCCACUUUAGAAAGGAAUGAAAUUCAUCACUGUAAUAACUUCAGAACCAAUGACAGUUCAAAAAGCAUCUUAGGUGGUGUUAAUAUGAAGGUUCUUCCUGCACCCAAAUUGAAGAUGACUAACAAUCAUAUUUAUAACAAUGGCUAUGGAGUAAGCAUUCUUCCACCAACUGAACAGUUUUUUAUUGUAGCAGAAACUUGCAACAAAGGGGCUGCUUCAGGAGACAAAAAAGAUGAAAAUAGGCUCUCCAAAGUAAUGCAAAAUCUGAAUCUGGAAAUGAAUGAUAAUAAAAUGGAAGCAAACUUAAAGGGGGAUAUCAGAAUAGCCACAAAUUAAAGCACUGGGUUUAUGUUCAAGUUUUAUAUUUCAGAGUGUUUAAUAAAUCUCAUCUCCCACAGAAAUUGUAGUUCUAAUUAAAUUCAACUUAUUUAAUUAAAAACAUUUAAACAUGUUAA